AUGGCCUCCGGCCGCUCGCCGCGCUCAAUCCAAAAAGUCAUCGAUCUCUUCCACGGCCUAAUGAUCCCCGACGCCGUCAUCUGUUGUAACGGCGCCCUGAACUAUAACCCGCGGACCCGCCAGAUCUCUGUCCCCCAGUUCAUGCCCCUCGAUCAAGCUCUGGAGAUGGUCCAGACUCUUCGUGCUCAGAUCCGCGGGUUCGUAACGCUCAGGGAGAAGGUCCCAGAAAAGUCUCUCUUGAACCCAGACCAGUACCUCCUCCAGGACCAGAACCAGGACCCCACCACAAACAACCAAGGAGGAAUGCAAGGACGACCAGGCUUCUCGUGUGAAGCGAUCUACUUCCUUAACCCCUACACCGGUCCACAGCCCCCAACAGGCUGGACACCCCAAUACGCCCAAGACACGACCUUUGUCUGCGACAAGACCUGGGAAUCCGAACGGAAGCACAGCAUCUAUUACGACUACACCUCCAUCGACUCUUUCGAACAGUUCGUCCAGUCUUUACAUGGUCGAGGAGGAAUCGUAAAGUUGAUGGCUCUCGAUCGCAACCGUUCCGCCCCUGCCGUCUACGAGUCCCUCCCUUCCCCUCUUAACUCCCCCACCACCACCACCACCACCACCACCACCACCACCAUCACCUCCUCCACAGGAAACCAGCGUCCAGGUCUGACGCUAACCUACUCAGGCCCCUAUUUCCUCGAGAUCUCGGCCGCGGGUGUCAACAAAGGUCUCGGCCUCUCUGCCUACUGCGCCCUGCACAACAUUCCCCGGGAAGAAGUAGUGGCGUUUGGGGACUUGUUGAACGAUGCCGAAAUGUUACAGUUUGCGGGCUUAGGGUUGUGUAUGGAGAAUGGACAUGAGGAUAUGAAGAUGUUGGCGGAUCGGGUUAUUGGGACGAAUGCGGAGGAUGGGGUUGCUGUUGAGGUUGAGUCUUGGUUUGCAUAG